AGACCUUAUGGAAUCGGCAUCAGUGCUGGUCACUUUUUUGAAAACUGAGUAUCCUACCAUUAUAAUAUAAUGGAGAACUUCGUUUCUCUGAUACCUUUUUGGCUAUUGCAUUUUGUGUUUCACACAGAAAGGACUUGUCACGGUUGAUUAUAAGAAUCGUUCAAUGGUGGGUGUUGAGCUUUGAAAAUGCUGCUUUUGUUUAUUGAAGCCCCGCUUAUGCUGGGGGUGCUACAGGCUGGUUGUUGUCUUGUUGAAGACAGUCUGCUGUUUGUCCUCUUUCUGGAUGGUUGAUUGUGUUGUGAUAGUUUCGUGUUUGCCGUCUUGGUCUCGAGCAAUUGACUAAAAGUGAAGAGACUAAGUUACUCGCCAAUGUGAAUAAUCGAGCUUCCGCGAUGUCAUUUACAGUGUGCUCUUACAAAGGCUGCACAAACAGUGCAGCAAAAAUCAAAGGACUGAAGAUGUUCCGUUUUUCCAAAUCUUUAUCAGAAAUUUGGAUACGUCAUACAGGAAAUUCUGAUUUGAUUGGACUAUCUCCAACAAAAUUGAACAAGCUAAAGAGAGUCUGUGAGCAGCAUUUUCGAGAAUCGGAUAUUCUGCCAAGUGGCCGAUUGAUGAAUGGCGCUGUUCCAUUGUGCUACGUUGCACCAGAAGUAAUACCUGGCCCUUCACACCCACCACUUGUUCCAGAAUCCCCUACACCGACUCUUAAUAGAUCAUCAUCCACUCCCCGAAAAUAUAGAAAUAUUAGUGCAUUGGGUAAUCCUCCCGUCUCGCCAUCACCAACUUCUCCAUCACUCAGCACCCCAUCUGGCAAGUUUUGGGUGAAUAAUGUAUCACCAUCGCCAAAGCUGAAGUCGGUGAAUAGAGCUUUAUUUGGUUCAUCGAAUAAGAGUUUGGAAGAGAAAGUGAAAGUGUUGUCAACGAAGGUUGCAGUCUUGAGAAAUAAGUUAGCUAGUAAGAGAGCAACUAUUUACAGGUUGAAGAAGCAAUUGAAACAAAAAAGGGUUUCUGACUCUCAAAAAUUUGCUUUGUUGAAUUUCCCCCUCCGAAGUGAAGAAGCUGCUAUCGUGUGGAGAAUGCAGAAGCAUAAAAAAAAUCAACCAUGGUCGAAAAAGGAGAAGAUGAUCAGCACAACUCUCUAUUUGGUUUCUCCUGCAGCCUAUAAGUUUCUCAAACAAAUUAUGAUUUUUCCAGGCAUCAGCACUAUAAAAGCUUGGAUUUCUGAGAAAAACUCCUAUAGAACUGGUUUCAACAAAGAUCUAAUGGAGAGGAUCAGAGCGAAGGCUCGGUGCAUGUCAUCAAAAGAAAAGUCAUGUGUUCUUAUGUUUGAUGAUAUGGCUAUCAAACAGGCCUUGGAGUACUCGACAAACUUGGAUAUCAUAGAAGGAUAUCAAGAUAUAGGAAAUUAUGGCCGUGAUUGUCAUUUAGGCAAGCAAGCAACAGUUUUUAUGAUUCGGGGCCUCUAUUAUCAAUGGAAGUUACCAGUUGGUUAUUUCAUAACUGAGAAAGGACUGUCAGGCGAUAAAACUAAAACUCUGUUGCUUGAUUGUGUAACGUUUCUCGAAAAUGCAGGUCUUGAUGUUAGAGCUGUUGUUUGCGACCAGUGUACCACUAAUCGUAGUGCAUACAAGCAGCUUGGAGUAAGUCCUGCACGGCCAUAUUUUGAAAUGAGUGGAGGACGAGUUGUCCAUGCACUUUUCGAUGUUCCUCAUCUUGUGAAAUCAGUUCGAAACAACCUCCUCACACAUGAUUUUAUAAUGGAUAACAGAGUUAUAUCAUUCAGAGACAUCGAGGAGAUGUAUGCAAUUGAUUCCAGCAGUGGGUCAACGAGAGCUGCUCACCAGUUGACACCAAGUCAUAUCUGGCCGAAUAGUUUCCAAAAAUGA